AUAACGUAGGAUUACGGGAAAACGCUCACAGACUCACGGCACCACCAGUAUUAACUUUACCUCAGUUAUCUUAUUGCACGGUCCUCUAACUCUUCAUCAUGGUUGAUGCCUUCUGUGCCACCUGGAAACUGGUCGACAGUGAAAACUUCGAUGAGUACAUGAAAGCACUUGGUGUUGGUUUUGCAACAAGGCAGGUCGGAAAUGUGACCAAACCAACGGUUAUCAUCUCAAAAGAGGGGGACAAAGUGGUCGUAAAAACCCAGAGUACUUUCAAGAACACUGAAAUAUCCUUCAACCUGGGGGAGGAGUUUGACGAAGCCACUGCCGAUGACAGAAACUGUAAAUCCACUGUGAGCUUGGAGGGCGAUAAGCUUACGCACGUUCAGAAGUGGGACGGCAAGGAGACCAAGUUUGUGAGAGAUAUCAAGGAUGGAAAAUUGGUCAUGACUCUCACAUUUGAUGACAUUGUGGCAGUGCGUACCUAUGAGAAGGCAUGAGCAGAGAGACAUCACUAUUUAAAUCAUUCGUGUCCAUUUUACUGGAAGACAGCCAAUGUUAUCAUCAUUUUUUUUUUUACUGUAUGCUGACCGUUGCACUUCAUCCUUCCAAAUGUUUUAUGACAUGGGCUGGAAAUCUUUUUUUUAAAGACAUUUUUAUAUACAUUUCUUUCAUGAUAGAUCAUCCUUUGUAAACAUGUGUGAAACAUGCUGAAAUAAAAAAAAUAACUCAAAAAGUA